UAAUUUGCUCUUCCUCUUAAACUUAUUUGCAACACUCAAAAUCUAUUCGGCAACUGCACUCCAAAAACAAUGUAACAAUUUGUACAAAACCCUAACAAACAAAACCAUCUCCCUACAAUCAAAUCACAACGCAUUGUUAGAGCUGAUCAUAACAUACAAAAUCAAUCCGGCACCAUUAAUACAAGAAAAAUCCAAUUUCACAUACCAUAAAUAUGCCUUAUUUGUGUAUCCACACACACACACACCACAAAAAUCGAAGAAAAAUCAUGUUAAGUAAAUAUGCUCUUCUUUUCAUUUUUCUUCCUCUCCACUCUCUGUUCUUCAAUCUCCUGACGAUCGGAGCAGCACAGCCGGAGAAGCUCUUCCGAGAAUACAUCGGAGCUGAGGACACCAUUGUGAGAUUCACGGAUGUCCCCAUCAACCCCAGCGUGGACUUCCACUUCCUCCUCUCCUUCGCCAUCGACUACACCGAUGGAGCCCACCCGGCUCCCACAAACGGAGAUUUCCGAGUCUACUGGGACACGAAGAACCUCGGCUCGUCUCAGGUGUCUGCGAUCAAAGCUAAGCAUGCAAAUGUUAGAGUAGGCAUGAGCCUUGGAGGUGACACCAUAGGCAACAACAAACCAGUCUACUUUCAUCCUACCUCAAUCAAAAGCUGGCUUGCAAAUGCAAUUCAUUCCAUAACUAAGAUAGUCACAACUUACGGUUUGGAUGGAAUCGAUAUAGAUUACGAACACUUCGGUUCAGAUCCUGAUACAUUCGCCGAGUGUAUCGGGGGACUUAUCUUCUACCUGAAACAGAACGAGAUCGUCUCCUUCACCUCCAUAGCACCGUAUGAAGACGAUUCUGUCAAGCCAUACUAUCUAGCUCUGUGGAGAAAGUAUGGCCAUCUCAUCGACUACGUGAAUUUCCAGUUCUACGCCUAUCCAAGGAGCACCACUGUUUCUCAGUUUCUAAAGUAUUUCGACGAACAAAGCUUUAACUACAAAGGAGGCCAAGUUCUGGUGAGUUUUGGGACUGACGGGAGUGGCGGGCUAUCCCCUCAAAAUGGGUUCUUCGAUGCCUGCAGCGAACUGAGCAAGCAGGGGAAGCUUCAUGGGAUCUUCAUUUGGUCUGCAGAUGACUCCAAGAAGGCUAAUUUCAAGUAUGAGAAACAGUCACAAGACUUCUUAGCCUCUCAAAAGUGAGGCUAUUAUUUCACAGCUAGCUUUUAACAGCAUAUAUACAUACACCAAAAAUAAAAACUAAAAAACUUUUACUCUUUCUGAGAGGAAAAGUCACUUACAUUACAUGUCUUCAUCCAUGCAUAUGAGAUAUACUAGUAACCUAUCAGUUAAUUCAUAAAUUUUCUUUAUAUUCUGUAACAUAUGAGAUAUAGCAGUAGACACCACUCACUGACUGAUCUCAGCCACUCUCUCUUUGCUGUCGGCCCUAAAAUGUAGCGUGAGAGACGACAGGUAGUUCGCUUAUGCAAGUAGAAAAUGAGCCGACAUUAUUAAAGAAAAUUAAUCAAGCCUAAUGGAAAGAAACUCUAUUUUACAGAAUUUCUGCAGUCGAAUGACAAAAAAGGGGUAAGGUUACCAGGGUCUUCUUAACACACUAGCAAAGACUAAUUUCAUAGUAACAAAUAUAUGAAAUUGAACAAGCUUCAAAAGAUUCCAUCAAUUUUGCUGAUGGAAUGUGUGAUUAGUAGCUAUGUAAACGAGUUACAGAGACAUGG